GCAACACUUCAGGGAGCUCCACAUGAAGGCUUUGAUGCCAACCAGAGUAGGUGGAACCCGGUGGCUACCACAUCUCUUCAAAGCACUUGACCAUUUUCUCAGGGGAUAUGCUGGCAUUGUACGCCACUUGGAGAAGUCCCAGGAGGCCACGAACGUCAAUGCUGUUCUGAGGGCAAAAACCAAGGGGUUCCUCAACAUAGGCAAGGAUGGUGGAGUGCUCAGGUUUUGCUGCCUUCUCCAUGACACCAUCUAUCAACUGAGCAACCUCUCCAAGUCACUGCAGAGGUCAGUGUCAACCGUGGCUGAAGCUCAGAGCUGCCUUUCCUCCACUCAGGCUGUCAUAGAAAAGUACAAGUCAAGACCUGGGCCUAAGCUGAGAGCAGUGCUGGACACAGACACUUAUGAGGGAGUCCUCCUGAGGCCUACUGAUGCCGACCGGCAUGACAAGGCAAAGAAUGAGCUAAUCGAUUCUCUGUGCCGGUGCAUCACUGCUAGAUUUAGUGACGUGAACAGUGGUGUCCUGCAGGCCAUGCGGCUGACCAGUUUCCAGUACUGGCCAGAGGCAGACACAAGUUCAGAUUUUGGUGAUGAAGAGGUAAACAAACUCAUCAGUCACUUCCGACCUCUUUUCCUGUCUGCUGGAGUGGAUGUGGAGUUGAUCCCUGAUCAAUGGACAAUUCUCAAGACUGAACUGUACACAGCAGGAUUCAGCCAAGGAAACUUUGAGCAGACCUGGCCUACUGUGAACAGAAUGCUGCGCCAUCGAUGUCCUGAUGUCCUUGAUCUUUUUGAUGCUCUCCUGACCAUCCCUGCAACUACGGCUGACUGUGAAAGAGGGUUCAGUGUUAUGAAGCAGUUGUGCUCACCUGACAUCAAAGACUUUGAUCCACCCAAAGCCAUUGAGAUCUGGCAUGCUGACAGUUUGCGCUCACGCAGACCUGACUUUGUGCGCAAACAUGGACCAAAAGAAACAGAGGGUGGCUCAGAUUCUGAUGGCACCACAUCUGAAGACGAAGAGCUCUGA